CACUUCACCGUCAUCUGACUCUUUUCCUGUCGGGAGAGAAAGAAGUUUUGAAACCACACCCUCUGCUGACUGUAAGCAGACGUAGAAGUUGCUCAAAGUCCGGACGAGCGAGGAAGAGCAAUAUUCUAAGAAGUCACGAUGGAGUUGCUGCGCCGUUUGGACCCCGAGUGGAACCGCGCGAGCUCACGCGCUGGACCCCGACCAGGGAACUAACGGGACCCGUCUCCGCUGCGCGUGCCUCUGCGGGAAGUGAAGCGGGCUCUGGAGAGCUCUUCCUGUUCCAAAAGCUGUCGCUUCCUACGUGUUUGUGUCGCGAGAAAGCCCAGCUCGCCGCGUGCGUGUGAUAACGCCGCCGGAAUGGAGACCGUCGCCCGACGGGAUGCGGGGAUUUCUUGCGGGGGCGCCGCACAUUUGCGGUCCGACGCGGUUUUGUGAGAGCUCCGUCUGCUAACUCGCUGAGCCCUGGAACUUGUCCUUAAAACACUGGCAGGACUGAAUGCUCCUUUUCCUGCUAUUCUUCUCCGCCUCGCUGCGCUUCCUGCUUUGUGGUGGCCGCCGCACUUAAUGGCUAAAAAUACACAAAAAGCUUCAGAUGGACAGCUGAACCGUCGUUAGGAACUCUGAAGUUAUUUUGUCCAACAAACUCUGGGUAGUGCCAUCAUUGUCUCUGCACACCGGUCCUCCGAGACUCAACAGGUGGCUGACUGAGGAGGAGGAGAGCUGAAGGGACCGUGUGCUCCAGCCAUGUUGGGGACUCUACGCGUCACUUGAAAGGAGACAGACUCUUGUCUUUCUGACCCCUGAACACAACACUCCUCCAAUCGUGCAUCCUGUGUUUUCCAGUGUGUAGGGGGUGAAGGGGGUGGGGUUGUGAGGCUGUGCAUGUAAUGUCCAGACAGAUGAGAGACUCCCACCGCUCAACCAUCUCUGAUUCCUCUCACGCCGCCCGCCCGUUGGUCGAGCUUCUGAACACAUUUCGCUGGUCCCUGAUGAACCAACAAGACAGACAGGAAAGGGAGCGAGGCGCAAUAAAGUACUCCUUUGUACUUUAUUUUCCAACCCUUUGCGGCGCACAAUCCGAUCCGGUGUAGACAUCUGCUGGAGGCUCCAUGGAGCCACUGAAGAACAUAUUUAGUCGUGGCCACCUGUCCAACUGGAAGAAUUUAGAGGCCUCGCAAAAAGGCAACUUCACGAACCCCGUGUGGACGGCCCUGUUCGACUACGAGGCGUCCUGCAAAGAUGAGCUUACCUUGCGUAAGGGCGACCUCGUGGAGGUCCUGUCCCUGGACUCUGAGAUAUCGGGGGACGAGGGCUGGUGGGCGGGGAAAGUCAACAACAAGGUGGGCAUCUUCCCGUCCAACUACGGCUCUUUCAAGCCCAGCGAGUAUGGGAAGCUCCCAGAAGUGGUCGGCGAGCUCAGCCCCGCCGUGGUCGCCCAGUUCGAACCCGACGUCCUGGACUUCCGAGAGCUGAGCCUGGAGGAGGUCAUCGGGGUCGGGGGCUUCGGGAAGGUUUAUCGCGGUACGUGGAGAGGCGGCCUGGUGGCCGUGAAGGCCGCCCGCCAGGACCCGGACGAGGAUAUCAGUGUGACGGCGCAGAACGUCCGGCAGGAGGCGCGUCUGUUCGCCAUGCUCACGCAUCCCAACAUCAUCUCCCUGAAAGGCGUCUGCCUGGCGGAGCCCAACCUGUGCCUCAUCAUGGAGUACGCGUCGGGCGGGCCGCUGAGCCGGGCGCUGGCCGGCCGCCGGAUACCCCCGCACAUCCUGGUCAACUGGGCCGUGCAGAUCGCCAGAGGGAUGCUGUACCUCCACUGCGAGGCCAUCGUCCCCGUCAUCCAUCGGGAUCUGAAGUCCAACAAUAUCCUCCUGGCUCAGCCCAUAGAGAAUGAAUGUAUGGAGGGUCUGACGUUGAAGAUCACAGACUUCGGCCUGGCCAGGGAGUGGCACAAGACCACCAAAAUGAGCACAGCCGGCACCUACGCCUGGAUGGCCCCCGAGGUCAUCAAGUCCUCCACCUUCUCCAAGGGCAGCGACGUCUGGAGCUAUGGUGUUCUGCUGUGGGAGCUGCUUACAGGAGAGGCGCCCUACAAAGGGAUCGAUGGACUCGCCGUGGCCUACGGAGUCGCCGUCAACAAGCUCACCCUGCCCAUCCCCUCCACGUGCCCCGAACCUUUCUCCCAGCUCAUGUCAGGGUGCUGGGACCAGGACCCCCACCACAGACCCAAUUUCAGCUCCAUCCUGGCCCAGCUGACGGCCCUGGAGCAGCAGGUGAAGGAGGAGAUGCCGCAGGAGUCCUUCCACUCCCUGCAGGAGGACUGGAAGCUGGAGAUCCAGGACAUGUUCGAUGAGCUGCGCGCUAAAGAGAAGGAGCUGCGAUGCCGCGAGGAGGAGCUGAAGCGUGCGGCCGUGGAGCAGAAGUCCCACGAGGAGUUCCUGCGGCAGCGCGAGCAGCAGCUGGCCCAGUGGGAGCAGGACGUGUUUGAGCGCGAGCUCAGCCUCCUCAUCCUGCACCUGAACCAGAACCAGAACCAGGAGAAACCCAACGUCAAGAAGAGGAAGGGCACCUUCAAAAAGCACAAGCUCAAGUGCAAGAACGGGGAGAAGAUCAGCAUGCCUCAAGAUUUCAUCCACAAGAUCACGGUGCAGGCUUCCCCAGGCCUGGAGAAGAGGCGGAACUCUCCCGAUUUGGGGUCGGGCUCCUCGCCCUCCUUCGGCCCGCGUUUCCGGGCGAUCCAACUUAGUCCCAGUGACAACAGCAGGUUGUUUGGUCUGAGCCCGGUCUGGCCCCUAGAGGCCCCAUCCCAUAAACAAGCCAAUGGCGACCUGAGAUUGUGUCCCCAUUGGAGGCCCCAGAGCCCGAAAAGUCCUAAAAGCCCCAAAGUCCUGCGCCUUAGUCCCCAGGAAAGCAGUCUGUCGAUGAGGGCCAAGCUCCUGGAGUCAGACAGCAACAUGAUGGGGGAAUCCAAGGAUGACUUUGAGGAGUACAGACCCUCUGCGCCAACCCCUCCUCCGGCUCAGAACGGCUCUCCAGUGAAGGACAGCCUGCGGGUUUCUCUACCUCAACGAGACUCGGCCAGCGAGGAAGGCUGUCCCUCCCCGGCUGGCUCUCCCAGGCCCGAGAGGUUAUCCCACGGUGGCCUCAUUAAAGGCACCCACCAGGCCCUGCUGGGCGGCGGCUCUCUCCUGGCCUCCAUAGUACUGGGCCGCUGCCUGGAGAUUCCCCCAAGGGUGCCCCCUCGAACUAACCUCCCAUGUUUAGACAGCCACACCCCUUCUGAACUGGAAAUAUCUGCGCCGAUGCCCCUCAUUUCAGACCCCCCAGUGGUGGACGAUCUCAUCACCUUGUCCCCCUCCGAGCUGCUCCCCAAACCGCUUUUCGAUUUAGCUCUGCAGUACCAAGAACUGAGGCCUUUGCCCCUGACGCCACCUCCGCCGAACCCCCGUGAGAGGAGCAUCCACCGGAUACCGCAUAGUCCGCAUUGCCCCAGGACCCCCCUUCAGCAUGGCAAGGCCGGCCUGGGAGAAUGGACCCCAAGUUCCCAUUCCACCAACGGGGAACUGGCCUGUGAGGCGUGGGAGCACAAGGCUGACAGGAGGAGGAGGUCCAGCCAAGGCCUGCACGCCUCUCAGCUCGGUCAGUGUGACGCGGUCCCCUUAAAGGAGAACCUCUCCCAUUUCACAAUUUUGGACCUGCCCUUGUGCCAAGACACACAUGACUCUGAUGACAAGCCUUCAGUGUCCCUCCACCCAAACUCUGCCCUCUGGAGCCCCAAAACCCGCCGCCUGGAGGUCACCGUCAUCCCCCGGCCCCGCCCUUCCUCCAUUCGCCCCCGAAUCGACCCCUGGAGCUUUAUCUCGGCAGGUGGUGCGAACUCAAGUAGUAGCCGCAUCCCCCACCACUUGGACAGCAACCCUCUGGGCUACCAACCCUCCCCCACCAACCCUUUCACCAACUGUGACCCCUUCCCCUCAGCGGACUGCGACCCGUUCGCCCUGAAGGCCGCCCCCUCGAGCGGCUCGGACUCGGCUUCCCCCUUCGACCCCUUCUCCACGCCCUUUCCCACCUCCCGCUCCGCCCCGUGCUCCACCAACGGCUCGCCCACGCUGCCCUCGUUGCGCAAAGCGCCCCUCAACCCGGCCGACUCGGCCCUCAUCGACCUGGGCUGGGCGGCCUGCGGCAAGCCUCUGGAAGAGAGAGCUCGCCCCCGCAAGACACUGGGGCUCAAACCCUUCAAGUCUCCAACGCAACUCCGAGACGAUAGGUUCUAAACCUGCGCCUGUGGCGCGGCCGUGGCUUCAAUCACAGCAGCACAGUGCGGGACCCGUUUUACUGCUUAGCAACGAUCGCUCAACCCACUGAGGGAAAUCUCCCAAAUGGGAGCCCCAAUCAUUGCAGGCCCUUUAUGCGGCUGCUUUGGAAACCAGUGAAUGGGGUACAGUGGAUGGUGGGAUAGCUGCCUUUGAACCAAAAGCUGGUGCCAAUUUCAUUCCCUCCUCUCUAUCUUGGUUUAUCUUUCCCUUUGAAGGAGCAGAAUACCGAUCACUAGUCCCAUCUUCAGAUCCUAUCAGACUCCUCACAUCACCUGCUUUCAUCUCACACUGCAUUUGAAGCGUGACAAUUCAGUGGUGGAUAAGGCGACUUGCACAGCUUCACCUGCCCGUACCUCUCUGCAAACUGAAAGCAUUCAGGACAGUGGGGAAAUGGAGUGCCAUACUUUGUCAAGUGUUUUUAGCAUACAUCUUCUCAAGAUUCAUGAAUGUUUUUUCUGGUGCGUAUGGAAGACGCUAUGAAUUUGGCUUAAAUGUGCAAAUCCGCUUAGCAUUGCUGUGGAGGAGAAUGUUGUCUGUGUGCGCAGGUGCAUGUAUGUCUAGACUCAUUGAGGAAAGCUUACCGCUUCUUUUUUAAAUAGAAUCUGCCUGUUGCAUUACGGGAAAAAGAACUGAAUAUUCCAGGGCACUCAUGAAAUCCAAGACAAAUCCAUGACCCAGACAUUCCACUUGGAUGCAGAUAAAAUUCCAAUCACGUUCCCCUUGAAAUGCCCGGGGUUGGACCGAUUCAUUCGGCUGGAGGGCGUCACAACACAGGAAACAGGACAGAGGGGGGGGGGGUGGGGCUCUGCGUUCCCUUCAUAUGCCAAAGAAUGCCACUGUGAGUGUGUCACAACUGGGACAAAGGGUGUUUGCAAAUCCAUUGUUUUUACCAGUGCCAGAUGGGCGUUGUCCACCACAACGGACAGUACAGAGACAGUUGAGACAAUCACGGAUAGUAUUUAAAGUUACUUUACAUGUACUUUUCUGUGUUUAUCAUCUUCAAUAUCAAGCAGGCUGUCUUAUCACUACCCGUCUGAAGUAGGAAGCUCCAACCAAAUACUACAAUACAUCUGUAUGGAAGCUUCACUUUCUUUAUUUGAACUGGCUAAUUUGACUGGGCCUUGCAAAGUAAAAUGCCUUAUGACACACAAUUAAUCCUCCUCUCCUUGAACCCCAAAUAAUCCAACAAAUUUAGUUUGUGUAACAAAAUGUGAGCCACUUAUACACUUCUUUCUGGUCAAGAACGAGGUGAAAAGAUUUAUACCUCGCUUAAAUCGGUCUGUUCAACAUGAAGCCAGCAUCUCACCAUACACACCGGGAGCAAAGGAAAAAGUGCUAGUUUGACAAUAAAUCCGCCUUGAAGCUUCUCUUUUAUUAAUCAGUGACAUUUUUAAGGUGGCCAGGCUCGUAGCCCCCAGAAAACAACUUGUGUUAAACCUUUUGUGUUUUAUUCUUCUAUUGAAAAACAGUUUUUGAUUUAGUAAGUUUUAUUUUAUUGGACUUUUUUUUACAAUGUUCUGGCAGAGCCAUGCUGUUUUCAAGUCUUUGUUGGAAGCUAAACUAACCAUUGAAGUCUUAGUGUGUCAAAACAUUUUUACUUGCAUACCUAGUCUUCCUCAAUCAAGCCCUGAGCUUGGGAGAUGUGGGCGUAGUUUUGCAAGACUAGAGUCACUUGGCUUCUAAACUCUUUUUUUGGAGUUAAAAAUCCAUUCCAAACCAUUUUAACAUCACUCUGAAAAUCUUGUAGGUUCCUGUGAAUAAAUGUAAUAUCAUGACCCGCCACCUGGAGGUCACCGCCAUCCCCCCGCCCGGCCUCCAUUCGCCCCCCUGAAUUGACCCCUGGAGCUUUAUGUACUUCCAGUAUAAAGACAGCAGAGAAGUUCAAUAUUGAACAAUAAUACAGAGGAAUAUUAUUUUAGAGAAGGGGAAGGCACUGGAGCAACAACUUGCCCUUUCACGCCUUGUUAACACGUGAUUAUCAUCACAAACGCUCAGGCACUUUCUUCUGGGUUUUUCCCAUAAAUCUCUGGAAAUGUACUCUGAGGCAGGUGGAGGAAAAAAGACAGCAGCCACAAAGACUCCAUCACAUAAAAUAAUCCCUUGAAUGGGUGUGACAUCACAGAGAAUAUCCUAUUAUCUUUAUCCAAUAAUUUAGUUAGCUGGUCCUCAAGAAUGCGUUCUCACAAUCAGUGUGUAGGUCAAGCAUGUAAGGAACUGAAAGGGGCCGGCGUGUGCAUGGUGCAGAGUCGCCCUGUUACCCACGCCUUUGCUUUGCCUGGCACAAAUACUGUAGUGAUUGGCUUCAUCCCUGACACCGGGUCAUUGGGGGACCACGUCGGCUUUGUUCGGAUGGAGAGUGAAAACCUUGUCUCCAAGGGUAAGGCUUUGUGAUUAGCCUAGUAAUCCUUCUGACGAACAGAGGAGGCUGAUAGUGAUAAUUAACCUCUUGAUAAGAGCAGAGAGCAUUAACAAAGCAUUCGGAUAUUUGGUUAAUUAAACCCCCUCCCGACGUUACGUCAAUGCCCCGCGUCCUCCUUAUAUUGAGCUGCUUCCUGCAUCAUCUCCAUUUAAGCGGUGCCCUUUUUAUUCUUUUUUUUUUGUCUGGAUGUCUGUCCUGACUCUUCUGUUUUCUACUGCCACCGGACCCUCAGCUGCCCGGAUUACAACUCACCCUUUUGUAUGUCCUUGCCCAUCAGGUGAUGGAAAGACGAUAGUCUCUUCUUACUCCUUUUGCUUCCUUCUUGGGAGCAGCCUUCUCCUCACACUGCAGAUCACUCAAUCACUCAAAACUCACACCAAGAGACAAGUUUCUGUCUGUGAACAAAAAAAAGCAUUUGUUCGAGGACAGAGUCCAUGAACCGGGAAGGGCUCAUUUUACAGAGGCAAUUGAAUUUGUUUCGAACUGAAACUGGAACUUUAUUGGAUAUUUUUAUUGCACCUUGAAGCGUCCAUCGUCAACUGAACAUCCAAAGGGACUAAGUACCUGUUAAAAGUCUCGGCGUGCUCCUUGGUCAUCCGUGUUUUAGUUUCCUCUUAAAACACCUUCCUGCCACGUAUAGUUAAAGAAAAGAAGUCAUAUUUUCUGCGAAGCGCAGCUAUGUUAUGUCAUCUGAACCAAAAAUAAUUCAACACUGUGGUUGUCUGUUGGCCCCUGAUCCAAUCAAAGACCCGUCAUGUCAGUACCCGCCCAUGAGCGCGGUGGGUCCCGUAGUGCAGAAGUCAAGACGUGUGAUGUAGUAUGUUUCUCUUUCGGCAGCGCUCCCUACCUUCCCUCGCUCCUCUUGUCCCCUCCGCUCACGUUUUACCAGCCUGAGAAGUGAUGAGCUAUUACCUCGUCUCUUCCGUGUCAACACACAAGGCCACGAGAGCGAUCCCGCACUAGUUAUUAGGCCUCGAUGGCUGUUAUUGUCAACAGAGCUCUGUGAGCAGAAGUGAUACAUCAAGGAAAUUGAGAUGAUGGAAACCUCGGUCACAAAUGCGUGUCAAGUAUCCACUUCCACCUGCCACUCAUUUCCUGCGGUAUGUUUGCUGGGUGCCAGACUUUAAUUUUCCACCAGUCCAGAAUUUGAAAAAUGUUGCCUGCCAUUCUCCGCCUGGCUUGAGCCCUUUUAGUAAUUUAUCCUGAAAUAUCACGUGUAGUAACAGGACCUGCUGUGCUUUUUAUGUACGAUGAAGAUGCAGUCUCGGUGGAAGUGGUCCGUUUGAAGUGGGGGAGAUAUAUUUAUGCCGUUGCAUAGAAAGAUGUUGGAUUAUUCAUAAAUCUGAAUCUCACAGAACUCGACACGGAUGUCCAAUGUUUGGCUUUGGCUGUCACAUCCAGGAGCUCACGGAGAGUAGUGACGAGGUGUUUGUGACGCUCUGCACUUCCAGGCAUCGGCCCGUCCGUCACUGCAAAUCAGGUCCCCGGAGCGCAACCUGUGAUAUCGGGGCCCCCGGUGAUCCGCUUUCAGCCCCGAGGAGACUCGGAGCGCUCAUGAUAUAACAAGAGUUCAAGCUCAGACCGUGGCCCCCAAUCAGUGAGCGGCAAACGGUCAAUACAUUACAUGAAUGUAAGCUAAUGAGACGAGCACAAUGGGCGAGCCCAAGGCCGCGACCCUCAUCACAAUUGAUCGCCGGUUGUGUUAUUGAAUAUCAGAGCUGAAAAAGCUAUAUGAGGCGUAACAGCGGGAUGCGUUGCCUGAUGCCACCAUCCAGCAGCACCCCCACAUCAUUGGGAUUUUAUAAUCUUAUUCGUUAUUGGAUUUACUCUUAUUAAGACACUGAUUCUAAAUUGAAUCCCAUUGACUAGUUUGAAAGCUUGAGUUGUAUCCUGAUGACUCCCGAGGUGGAAGGAGGAAGCGCCCGUGAGAACUUA